AUGCGCUUCUGGUGGCCGGACUGGCACUCCGAGCGCUCGCCGUUCAGCGACAGCGAGUGCUCGACGGACGACCACUCCAGUCUCGCCAGCGACGGGUCGUUCUACGACGCGUCGUCUGACGCGGAGACUGGGGUGGAUUUUGACCAAUCGCCGUCCUCCAUCCUCGAUGACACGCAACUCGUCAUCGGGGAUAGGACGGCUGCAAAUCUGAUGCGCCCGUUCCCGGAACGUUGCGCAGUCCCUAUCCCACUUGAAGUGGGACCAUACGGGAUGGGACAAGCCAACGUGGGACAGGCGCAUCCAGGGAUUUUUGGCGCCCCCGUUUUCGGCCCCGCCGAUGGCGAAAAUGGGCCGCGAACGCCGCCACGCGCGACACCGCCCCGCGGCGGUGACGCGGAGUUGGACGCCGCCACUUCGGGCACGUGUUCGGAACACGCCUAG